AUGGAUGAUGCCCAGAUCGAGGAGGAGGAGGGCCCGGAAGGCCCACCGGGCGUGGACACACCGAAGCCUUCCGCGCAGUCCUUGCAGGACGGAACCAACUUGUCCUCGGUGUACAGGGAAAAGGCAGAUCAGUGUUCGACUGUAUGGGUGGCCAUCGGCAUCGCAAUGCCCAUUGACACGGAGCUUUUGCAGAAGAUCGAGAGGCAGCGCAAGCGCCUCGAGCAUUCCGCGGAGCCAGAUCAAAAGUGCCCCAGUGAGCCAGCUCCGAUUGAAGGCUAUGUGGCAUCUCCCAGCAAGGAGGGUACAACAUCCUUUACGGAUGCCACAACGCCUUCAUCGUCCCAGGAGCUCUCCUGCUUUGUGACGCCCAGCAGCAGGACCUCGUCCCCAGAGAUCUUCAGCUGCCGCAAGAUGGAGGGCGGAUGUGAGGUGCUGCCCAGACAGGAGGAGGAAGAGGCUGAGUCAGAGAAGGAGAAUGUUGAGCCGGAGAUCGAGCCGGUGGAGCUGUGGAAUGCGAACUCCGAGAAGGAGCAAGAGGAGGUCCGAAAAGCAGUUCUGCUGCUUUGGCUGCCUGAGGAGAAGGCGCGGUGCUCGGGCGCCGGCGGCCUGAAUCCUGGCGGCCAGCGCUGGCGGUGCUGGCUGCCGUGCCAGCCGCUAAGGAAUGGCGACGGUGUGCUGACCCGGUCAGAAUACCUGGCUGGGCAAAAGAGGAGGAGCGAGCGCGUGGAGGUGACAGUGGGGGGUGUGCUCAAUCAAAAGCUGGAAGCCUUCAAGCAGUACCUCAUCCUCUCAGAAGAGACAGGGCCGUUGCCAUAUCGAGUUGCAGAGAGCUUUUUCACGGCCUUGGGCACGCUUUGCUUCGUGACCCGAGUGGUGUCUCCUAUCUAUGCAGGGGACCUUUUCCUCCAGGAGAUUGAGGACGUGGUGAACGUGUCGUUCUUCGUGAAGUUCUUGCUGCUGUUUUGGAUCAGAGGGUUCAAUAUGUCCUGGCUCUUCAGCGGCAAGGGCGCUCUGGAUCUCGCCAGCUGCCUACCGGUUCUUUGCAUCCCUGCGCGCCUCAUAGGUGGGCCGGCAUUGGAGCAGACCACAGACCUGCUGCAGAUUGGCCGCUUCUUGCGCCUGCUGCGAGUGGCGUUGCCGUCAGACUCCAGCGCUGGUCCGGGCGGAGUCGUUAUCAGGCAAGUCCCUGUGACGCAGCAGAUCAUCGCGGUGCUUCUUUCUUUGCUGGGCACGGUGGUGGUCUCGGCUACCGUGCUGUAUUCCUUCGAGAACCCCGACACUGUGCUGGCGGCCGAGGAGCGGACCUUCGAGGAUGCCUUGAUCUACAUGGUCAACAUCUUUGCUGGGCGUGACCCUCCGUGGUACCCAAUGAACCCACAGGCGAAGAUCGCCUCUGUGAUGGCCACGACCAGCGGUAUCAUUUUCAUCCCCUUUCUCGUGGCGCGUUCCGUGGAGCUUUUCAUGGCCUCCGACGACCCCGACAACGAGCUCGCAGGCGCUUUUCCCGGAGUGGACCGCCGACGAAAGCUGGCCACAGACCAGCAACGAGGCUUGCGCACACCAGGCAGCUCCUUGGACCUUUGGGUCUCCAUCUUGGAGCGCUUAGAUAGCAUCGAGACUGCGAACCUCAUGGAGACCUCCGACUUGAAGCGUCUUCGACAGCUAUGCCUUCAGAAAGACUCGAGACUGGCGGUUUUGCAUCGCACCUACAGCAAGGAAGACAUGAACAGCUACCCACUCCUCGUCUCCAGGCUCCAGGAGCUCCUGGAGCUGGACGGGAUCUCCAGGAAGUCGGAUGGAGAAGUGCUGCGGAGUGAUGAGAAAGCUCAACAGCCGAGCUAA